UAGAGCACUCUGACACCUGGUUUCUAAUUGUUGAAAUGAUGAGUCUAAGUCCGCACCUCGAACGAAGGUAACCCUUUCAACGACUAGACAGCGGUUGUUGGUGCUCAGCGCUUAACGUUUGUCGCAUUGCCUGAAUGCGUUAUCGAUGAAAGCUGUUACGGCUUGAGGUCUCAAACGGUCAAUGCUGACGACACCUUGGUUGAUAAACUCGCGGUGUACACAGAAGCAGAUACAUUGAAACCCACUGGCACACCUUCUACCCCUGCUAUUGUUAUCGACUGCGCCGAUUUCCAAUUGUAGUCAGGCCGUGAACUUGUCUCAAGUUUGUACCACGGUUGCAGUUGAAGUACGACAGCACAAUACAGCCUCAAUCUGAAGAUGGAAGACCGAAAGACCCGCAUCUUUGAGACGAUAUGGUUGUUCUGGGCCUUUCAUCUCGUGGGGUUUGUGAAUGGCAUCAUUGGCCCUACUCUCCUGGACUUGCAGCAGUUUGUCCAUGCUUCUUUGACCCAGAUGACCUACAUAUUCUUUGUCCAAGGAGCAGGCUUCAUAGUUGGAAUUCUCCUGGCUUUCGGCCUUGAGCGGUGUUUAAGCACGAGACUCAUCAUGACAUGUUCUCUCCUGCUUGGUUGCAUGGUGAACUUUGCCCUUCCCUGGGGCACUGUGUUUUACUAUCUUGCCAUUAUGUUCUUCAUCAUGGGUAUGGCUAAAGGAUUGGUUGACUACGCGGCAAUGUCCAUCUCCAACCAACUAUGGCCAGGGGAAAAGGGAGCGCCCUUCCAGUUCGUGACUCUGGGUGCGGGGAUUGGCGCCUUCCUGGCACCCUUCCUAGCCACGCCCUUUCUCUCUAACGGACCGUCCUCGGGAGAUAUGUUCUCAAUCGAUAUCAACAACCAUACCACACAACCACUAGUCUGUAUAGAAGAAGACCAAUCAAAAUGCAACACCGAGUCACGUGUCCAAUAUGCAUACGUUAUCAUAGGGAUAUUAAGCAUACCGCCAGUCUUUGCGUUUGCGCACUAUCACCGGAAAAGGGGGUCUGAACCGCUCAUGAGCUAUGAAGAGUUUCAACAUACUGAAAGAGGAACAUAUUCCGCACGAAAUUAUUCAUUUAUUGCUCUCCUGUUUCUGUUCCACAUUCCUGUAUUCGGAAUAAUAUUGGCUUACGGUGACCUCUUGACCCCUUAUGGCGUCAAUAUUGGCCUUCACCUUUCAAAAUCGCAUUUGGCAGUAAUGACUUCAGUUUUCUGGGGAUGUUUCCUAAUUGGAAGAAUACUCAAUCUAAGUUUUUCAGGCUGCCUUCCAAAUUUCGUUCUCCUUUGUCUGAAUUUCGUUGGUGUAGUGAUUGCAUGUGGCGUCUUGAUAGGGUUAAGCGAGAAGUAUGAAGUAGGACUAUGGAUGGGAACUGCGGCACUGGGAGUAUUUACCUCCCCUUACCUUCCCAUGGUUCUAGCAUGGAGUGCUGACUAUGUACAGCUAACAGGGGGGAUAAUCACUGCAUCUUUAGUGGCAAGUGGUGUAGGGGAGAUUCUAGUGCCGUUCAUUACAGGGCAGUGUUUUGUUGCUUACGGUCCGAAGGUCCUUAUGUAUUUCAUAAGCGGAACAAUUGCUUAUGAAAUAGUGACAUUCCUGUUUUUGGUCAUCUGCUCUCGAGGACUCCGCAAGAAUUGACUCCCUUCUGACAUGUUCUAACUGUGAUAGAAAUCUUCAAAUCAAACCAGAUUCAUGACCCAACUUAGACUAACAUCUAGUCUCUGAAAUGACCAUAUUUUACAGUUGUUAAAUUAUAGUUAUAACAUCUAAUAAAACGGAGCCAAGAGACUUUCUUCAUUUUCAGAAACUGCAGUAAUCUAGACUUGCCAAACAUUAUAGACUUGCCUGGGCUGUAUUGGAUAUAUUUGUUUCAGGGUCUGUAUGACAGACUAGACACAGCUAUGUACGUCUCUUUUCAGCCUGUGGGGAAAUUGCCCCUUCAUAUGGAAGUUGUUUGUGGUGUAGUGGUGUAUGCCUUUCCUGUAUUAUGACUCGUCAUCUGUUUUCCUUAAGAUACUUUUCAUGUGUGUGUAUAAUUAUGUUUCCCAUCCCUUUGGUUGUGCAAGAUAAAGAUGAUCCUCGCAAUCUCA